GUUCAUAUGUAUGGGAGCGCACGCGCGCGUCUAUGAGCGCAUAUGAUGAAAGCUUGUGCCACUGACCUGAGCUGCAACUCGUAACGCAGCGCUAUACUACUGUAUUUGGUAGUGUCAGCACUUUUUAUUUCACGCACUGCUUUACAAUUAUUUCCCCGAAAGCUGAUGGAAAAAAAAGAUGGCAAAUGCAGCGGAGCACCAUCAUCAGAGAGAGACAGCGGAGUUGCUCGUUUUUAACCUUUUGCUGAUUUUAACUUUUUUAACGGUGUGGUUGUUCAAACACCGGCGAUUCCGUUUCUUGCACGAAACCGGUGGCGCUAUGUUUUAUGGCCUACUGAUGGGACUAAUUCUUUGCUAUUCAACAUUCCAACCAGACACGGAGAGCAGAGCUGUGUACAGGUGUUUGAAUCUGAACAGCAGCCUAAACUCCUUGAUGGUUAACAUCUCAGGUCAAGUCUACCAAUAUCAGUACACAAGAGAAAUCAGCCGGAACAACAUCCAUGGUAACCAUGGGAAUGAGAUGCUGCAGAAGCUGACAUUUGACCCAGAAGUCUUUUUCAACCUGCUAUUGCCUCCCAUUAUAUUUCAUGCAGGUUACAGUUUGCGGAAGAAACAUUUUUUCCGCAAUUUGGGAUCAGUUCUAACCUUUGCUUUUUUUGGGACAGCUAUCUCUUGCAUCGUGAUUGGGGCAAUUGUGUACGGCUUUGUUAAAGCCAUGACGCACAUCGGCCAGAUUAAUGGAACGGAUUUCCACUUCACUGACUGUCUCUUCUUCGGGGCUUUGAUGUCAGCCACUGACCCAGUGACAGUGCUGGCCAUCUUCAAUGAGCUGCAUGUGGACACAGACUUAUACACACUCCUGUUCGGAGAAAGUGUGCUCAAUGACGCCGUUGCCAUCGUUCUCACUUAUUCCAUAGCAAUCUACAGCCCAAAGGAGAACCCCCACGUGUUUGAUGGUAGGGCCUUCUUUCAGUCAGUUGGACAUUUUGCUGGAAUUUUUGCAGGAUCUUUUGCUAUUGGAACAGCCUACACAGUUGUUACUGCUCUGUUGACCAAAUUUACUAAGCUGUGUGACUUUCCCAUGCUGGAGACUGGAUUAUUUUUCAUCUUGUCGUGGAGUGCAUUUCUUUCUGCAGAGGCUGCUGGCCUUACAGGAAUUGUUGCAGUCCUCUUCUGUGGUAUUACACAAGCCCAUUACACCUACAACAACCUUUCAGAAGAAUCCAAAGCAAUAACCAAACAGCUGUUCCACUUCAUGAAUUUCCUUGCGGAGAACUUCAUCUUUUGUUACAUGGGCCUUGCGCUGUUCACAUUUCAGAACCACAUCUUCAAUGCCCUCUUCAUCACUGGCGCUUUUAUAGCUAUCUUUGUAGCUAGAGCAUGCAAUAUAUAUCCUCUGUCUUUCCUACUGAACCUUGGCAGAAAGAACAAGAUUCCCUGGAAUUUUCAGCACAUGAUGAUGUUUUCAGGUCUUCGUGGUGCCAUAGCUUUUGCAUUGGCCAUCCGGGACACUGGGACUCAAGCCAAGCAGAUGAUGCUUACCACAACCCUGCUCAUUGUGUUUCUCACGGUCUGGGUGUUGGGUGGAGGUACAACGUCUAUGCUGACAUGGCUGCACAUCAGGGUUGGUGUUGAUCCUGAUGAAGAAAUGAAAACAGAAGUAGCCAAUCAGGCAGCCACCGGGGAUUUGGGGACAAGUGUGACACAAGCAGAAAGUGCAUGGCUCUUCAGUAUGUGGUACACCUUUGAUCACAAAUACAUCAAGCCCAUCCUGACCCAUUCUGGUCCACCUUUAACAGCAACAUUGCCAGUGUGGUGUGGGCCAAUCGCCAAAAUCCUGACCAGUCCACAUGCAUAUGAGAACCAAGAGCAGCUAUACAAUGAAGACUCGGAUUUCAUCAGCCAAGAUGAACUGACUGUAAAUGUUGAAAGCACAACAGAGCGUCCCUGGACAGUGAGGGUCGAUGCAGAUGAUGGGGUGCCACCUGCACACCAAGAAAGCUUGCAGGAGGGAGAUCUUGGGCUGGGUGGGUAUGCCUCUAGUGUUGGGAAUUCAUGUGCCUAAUGCCGAGCAGACACUGUCUUGAGAGGCUACAGAAAACUGGAACAUAUGUAUGCCUUUCUCACAUGUGAACAUUUAGGUAUCUGCGUACAAAUCAAAUUUUUGCCAGGGUUCCCUCCAAAUAUGCAUUUAAACUGUGAAGGAAAGAACUGGACAUUUAGUCUGGAGUGUGUGAUCUUCAUUUAAACUGUGAAAGAGUAUUAGAGCUGGGCAUUUACUCUGUACUGUGGAGUACAUGCCAGUGUCAACUUGACAUUAGCAUCCACAAUAAAAGUGAAAUGAUACCAAUACAGAUAAUAAUAAUAAUUAUUGCUUUUUUUGCUGCAAAUGGGAAGUUUGUUUGUUGCAAUCAGUAACACAUUCCAGUCACAGGAACAGAUCAUUCACACCAAAUGAGUGAAACUCCUCAGGGGCUAAUGGUGGGUGCAAGUACUUAAUUUCACAAUAUUUUUAUCCAUCCAUCUAGGGUGACAGAGAACAAGAUCCUAUCCUGACAACACUAGGCAUAAGGCAAGGUAUAGUAUCAAUUUAUUAAAGAGCACAGCAACCCCCUAAAUUAGUUACAGGGUGAAACUGAGAAAAUGGAAUGCUUGGCAGAAGGACCUCAGUGCAUAAGGAGGGCAGGAAGCCUCUAAUCCUGCAAGAGAUUAAAAAUGACCUGAACUUGACUUGAGUAUUAGUGGUUUACUCAGAAAUAGAUGAGAAAUAGGACAUGGAAGAGCCAGUCUGUUGGCACCUCUUUUCACAGGCACAUUAGCAGAUCUUACAAAGCUGGCAAGUCUGUAGCACAGUUCACUUAUUGAUACUCUUAUCACAUUUCACUUGGAGCAUUUUUAUCUGAGACAAUCCAAUGGCUGGGUAAGUGUGUAUGGGCUGCUCUGCUACGCCUUGCUACUUUCAGUCUUUCGGAGUAAGUUUAAGCAUAAGUGAAGCCAUGCAUUCUGGGUGUCAUGUCAAUAAGCCGUGCAUAUCAGUGCUGUGUAGAAAUGGGAUGAAUAUAAAUGUGAAGAGGGGUUUAUCAGAUUGAUUAUAAACAGCAGUAGUCUUUCUUUCACCUCUUGAAACCUUAACAUUUUUCAUAUUUUGCUGUUUAAUAAUUGCAUUCCAAAUGCAUUUAAAAUAGAUGUUAAUUUUAUUGAUCAAAUUACACAUUGCACACUUUUAAUAUACAAUAAAAAAUAUACAGAUAUUAAAUAUAUUGAUGGUUAUAUUCAAUAAUUUCACAUUGUGCACUGGGCUUAUUACCAAAUGUGCACAUUUUAAAAUAAAAUAGUCCCUCCUAUUAAUCUGUGUGUUGAACCCACUUAAGCGCAGUUUUAGUUGUGUCCAGGCAGCUUUGUAAGUAAAGCAAAAAGCAAAAUUAAACAAUGCAGUAGACGGAUCCAGGGCUCGCUCAUGCACAUAUCCAGACUAGCACAAUUUUGAGUUAUCAAUUGACCUAAUAUGUGGAGUGGUGGCACUGAGGCUAGGGAUCUGCACUGGCAAUUGGAAGGUUGCUGGUUCAUAUCCCGUAAACAGCAAAAGUGACUCUACUUCGUUGAGCCCUUGAGCAAGGCCUUUAACCUGCAAUUGGUCCUUUAAUCUGCAUCCAUGUAUGCCCUCCAACAUGCAGGGAAAAUUCUGAGGGUUGGUGGCAGAAUAGGCACGCCAGCUAUCAUAGUAAACCUCACAUUGGUUCCAUUCCAUCUGAACUAGUGUGGUGCUGAGGUGUCACCCGUUGCAUGGCUGCACACAGGUCCUAAUCUGGAUCCU